AUGUCCCCAAGCAAAGUAUUCAAUGACAUACCGGUGAACUACCCAGAUGUUCAGCCAUCCGGCCCUCCAAAACCAUUUUCUGAUCAACAACAAAAGGCAAAUGCGAUCGUUUUCAAAACCACGCCCACGGAUAAAUGUUGGAUCGGCGUCUUCCCAGACGCGAAAGUCCAUUCGAAUGAGCAAGUUACUUGGUCUAAUGGUCUGGCAAGAGGUGACUCGAAGAGAAGAAGCGAUUGA